AUGGCUGAAGACACAGUGUGUGCAGCAAGCAGCAGCAUUAUAGAAGAAGUAACUGGAGACCUUUUUGAUAGCCCUGACAAUGCAGUCUUGAUCCAUGCAUGUAACUGUCUCGGAUCAUGGGGUGCCGGUAUCGCAAAGGCUUUCAGAACAAAAUACCCAGCAGCAUACAAAGUCCACAAUGAUUACUGCAAAGCUACAUCAAAUGAUUCCCUUAUCGGGACUACUCAACUCAUCCCGCCGCAGCAUGAAGACUACAAGAAGGCAGAUUCAGGCUUGAAGAAGAAGCAUUGGAUCGCAUGCCUCUUUACGAGUGUAGGAUAUGGCAAGCCUACCAAGACGCGUCCAGGAAUGGACAAGCCGGAUGCGAUUUUAGAAAAUACAAGGAAGUCCUUGAAAGAUUUGAAGACACAACUUUCGAAGAUCGAGCACGAAGCGGAAGGGGACGGCGUUGGGACUAUCCCUGGAGAGAUGUGGUCUUGCAAAAUCAAUAGUGGGCUUUUUGCUGUGGACUGGGCUGAUACACGGAGAGUUAUGGAGGAGGAGCUGAAGAGCCUGGGUAGGACAGUGACGGUCGUUAGUCCGGAGAGAUCUUGA